CGAGAGUUCCAGUUAAUAACUUAUGUAGGAAAUGAAAUAGAUUUCUAAUGGACUGAAAAGUGAACUUUACUGCAAGAAAGGGAGAUAACUGAUAUGAACUAUAAGAAAUGGCAAGAAAUGGUGACAAUGAAUUAAAAAUAGCAUAUUUAUUGAAACGUUCCAUCAACAAAUCUGUGCUCUUGACAGGAGAGAAUUAUAGAAAUAGAUUAUUUGUUCUUACUGACACCCAUCUUUCAUAUUAUGAUGGUAAACCUGAUAAAAAAGGAAAGCCAAAAGGACAGAUAGAGUUAAAGAAUAUAAAAGUAGUUGAAGCUGUAGAAGAUGGUAUGUUGGAUAAUAAAGAUAAUGUCUUCCAGAUUGUAUAUCAAGAGAAUAGUGACACAUACACACUGUAUGUUGUAGCAUUAGAUAAAACUUCUAGAGAAGACUGGAUAGAAGCUAUUAAAAAGGAGAGUAUUAGAAAUAAGGCUGAAUUUCUACAUAAAUAUCACAAAGGUGUUUGGACAAAGAAAAAAGGAAAAUAUAACUGUUGUGACCAGAUUGAUAGAAAUGCUCCAGGAUGUGAAAUGCUGCAGGAUACUCGUGCGCAAUGUCAUACUCCGGCUGGAAGCACGGGCAAGAAAGUAAUCAAUAGAAAACUACCAAGUCCACCACUUACAAAUGGCCCUGCAAAAGCAAAACAAGAAAAACUAGUAUAUAUAGCUAUUUAUGAUUUUGAACCAGCUGAAGAUGGUGAUUUAGAAUUAAUACAAGGGGAGGAAUAUACAAUAUUAGAUAAAAGUAAAGAACAUUGGUGGCAGGCAGAAGACAGAAACAAGAGAAGUGGUUAUAUCCCUGCAAAUUAUGUUAAAAAAAAAUUUGGUCUUGAAAUAUAUGGCUGGUAUUAUAAAGAUAUUACUCGCGAUAGAACAGAAUCUAUUUUAAUGGAGCAGGCAAAAGAGGGGGGUUUUUUAGUUCGUGAUUCCACCAGUACUCCUGGUUUGUACACAGUGUCUGUUUACACAGAGAACGGUAAAGUCGGGAGAGAUAGUGUAUCACAUUACCAUAUUAGGAAGAAUGUCAAUGAGCAGUUUUACAUUUCUCAUCAACAUUGUUUUGAAACCAUUCCAGAACUUAUACAUUACCAUAAGCAUAAUUCCGGAGGUUUAACUACCAGAUUGCGAGAACCACCAAACCAGAAUAAUAAACCAUCAACAGCUGGUUUGGGUCAUAGCAAAUGGGAAAUUGAUCCAGCUAAUUUACAACUUGGUGAAGAGCUUGGUUCUGGUUGUUUUGGUACUGUAUUUAAAGGCUUGUUGAGUGGUAAACCAGUGGCUGUUAAAACAUUAAAAGAUUUAAGUAUGUCUGAGGCUGGAUUUAUAGAAGAGGCUAGAACAAUGACACAAUUAAGUCAUCCCAACCUUGUACAGUUAUAUGGUAUUGUUACGAAGAAUGAGCCAUUAUGUAUUAUAACAGAAUUAAUGAGAUCUGGCGCAUUAUCAACUUAUUUGAAACGUCAUAGGACAGCAACAUUAAAGAAGCCGGCAACCAUGUUAGAUUUUUGUUUACAAGUGUGUUCAGGAAUGGUUUAUUUAGAACAGCGAGGAUUUAUACAUCGUGAUUUAGCAGCUAGAAAUUGUCUGGUGGGAGAGAACCAGGUGGUUAAAGUGGCUGAUUUUGGUUUAACUAGAUAUGUGUUAGAUGAUGAAUACCGAAGUUCUGUGGGAACAAAGUUUCCUGUCAAGUGGGCAGCACCCGAAGUCUUGAGUUUUACUUUAUUCAGCAGCAAGUCAGAUGUAUGGGCUUUUGGUAUACUAAUAUGGGAGAUAUUUACAGCUGGAGAAACACCCUAUGGUAAAAUGAGGAAUGCAGAGGUAGUGGACCAUAUUGUUGAGUACAAUAAAAGAUUAGAAAAACCUGAUUCAUGUCCAGAAUUCUUAUACAUUUUAAUGAAUGAAUGUUGGAAAGCGGUAUGUAAAUGAUUA